AUGAGCUCCUCCUCGUCUAGAAGAUCACAACAACCUCUUACUUUGGCUCUUGGUGCUUUGGCUAUUGCCGCCGGUACAGCCACUGCUGCCACCUAUCUUGCUUCACGCUUUGGACUUUUUAAUCUGCGCAGCGGACCCUCCACAUCAUCUUCAUCACUUGAGGAUUCUCUGUUGCAGACCAAAAAAAUUGUGCCUGGAGAAGAACCUUUUUACGACACUGACGAGGAGCGCGAGCAGAUCCGCAAGCAAGAACAGCGCGCUGCUGAGCAGCUAGAUGCUGACACACGCGCGGCACAGGCCUCAUCCGAGGGCCAGCAACAGCUUGAGGUUUCACAACCUGCAAACCCAGACAACUUGUCUGCUAACCCGCGAUUGUGGUCCGAUGCAAAGCUGCGCUCGUGGCUCGGUCAUCGUUAUAUUACUGUUCCUGAGGAGGUGUCUCGCAGUCAGUUAGUUAACCUGGUUGCUGGCCUCCAGGAAGCUUAA